AUGGGAAAUCAAAGCCUGCUUGAACAGCUGAGCACAGAGCUGAUUCAAGGCAUUCUUUUUGAACUUUCCGAUAUCCAAUCCCUUGAAUCUGCCAUUCUAACCGGCCCACGUCUAUAUGCAGCAUUCAAAGGCGGGGAAGUACAUAUUGUCAAAAGUGUACUCCUUCAGCAGCUUGAUGCAGACUUAUUGCAUGAUGCCCUUUCUACAGAGGUAUCGAUGCGAAAGAGGGUAUGGGAAGAGUCGGAUGCGGACGUGUUUCUUGUCAGUUACCUCUGUCGCAAUGAACGGCCAUUCCAUCCUGUUUUGAAUUAUACUCUAUCCCAGGCCCUUCGUUUAUCGCGCCUCUAUACUCUCAUUGAACGUUUCACGAGUGAUUUAACUGCCCCAAUCCUUGCUCGAAACAAGCCCCUAGAAGACAGACACACAGAGGCUCCAUCUCCGGCUCUACCCUUAUCUCCAACAGAAAGAAAUCGCUUUUUCCGCAACUUUUACCGGUUUCAAAUCUACUGCAAUAUAUUCGGAGACCCGAACGAAUGCCCGUACCAAGACGGGUCCGACAGGAACCUUGCUUACUUUACGCAUUUCUCCACAUGGGAAAAUGAGCAGUUGGCUUGUAUUCACGAUUAUUUACUCAGGGUUAUGUCCCCAGCCUUCAAGCAAGAAUCGGAAACCGAUCGGGACUGGAUCUUAUUCUUCCUGCUGUCCCAAACAGGGGUGGAUUCAACUAUACAGCAGUACCACCUUUCACGCGGCCUAAAGCACAUUGAACGGUUUCUCGAUGCAGAUACCCCUGAAAAGCGCCACAGUCUUCUCUCGGGCAAAGAGAGUCAAAAAGCGCACAUGGCAUUCUUUUCAGAUAUACUGGGAGAAAUUAAUGAAUUUGAGCAAUCCGAGUCUCUCAAAGAUUUGACGUCCGCAGACGAAAAAGAGCUAGUGCGUCAACCACGGGACUCCGAUCCGGACACUGGACCUGAGGAUAUUUGGCGGUGGGCACAUUCCAACCAGCCAUGUAGCCAAUUUGUCUUCUCUCUCUCGCAAGCCCCAUUACGAGAAUGGGCGUAUGUCAUGUGGGAUCGUCAGCGACUGGAUGGGUGGAGUGUAUUUGAGCGACCAUGGGAGUUCAUAGACGCAGAAGCGUGCGAAAAUCUGUCGGAGACACGGAAAGAGGAAGAGAGGCUGGCAUUCGAAGAAAGCGCAAAGCGUCUGGAGAUACGAAGUAUAUGGAUCUAG